UUAAAUAGGGACUUCCCAUCCGAGCGUGAACAUAAAUAAACGUCAUUUAAGUUUUUUUUUUUUUUUUUGGCGCACAGCUCUCUCUAUCUUCCUCAACGAGGUAUGCAACGGGUUAAGGAGCGGGGCUUCAGAGUCUUCUCUUGUUCGCCACGAUGAACAAAUGAACUCUUGGGGAAUGAAAUUUAAAUUCCAUAAAGGAGAAAAAGUUCUCUGUUUUGAACCUGACCCAUCCAAGGCCAAGGUGCUCUACGAUGCAAAGGUUGUUGACAUAGCAACAGUAAAAGAUGACAAGGGAAAAAGGGUCCCAAAGUAUCUGAUUCAUUUUAGUGGUUGGAACAGAAGUUGGGAUCGCUGGGCUGCAGAGGAUCAUGUGCUCAGAGAUUCUGACAAUAAUCGCACAUUACAACGUAAACUGGCACGCAAAGCUUUGGCUCGCAUGAGGAAAAAGGGAUGGAAGAAGCGACGUUGUCGUCUGCCAGGUGUUAACCCAAUCUUGAAGACCCUGACUGAAGAGGAAAAGGAGAAGAGUGAUGAUGCUUCUUUGAUCUCACCAUCUGAUGAUAGUGACGAAGACGUUUCAGACCAGGCGUCUUUAAGUGAGAGUGACUCAUCUGAUUCUGAGGAUUUAAACAAUAUGAGGGAAGAGCAAGAGCCGCAGACCAAAAGGGAGAGUGAAGACAAGAGCAUCACUAUAAACAUUGACAUCCCUGAUGUUCUCAAGAAGAAGCUGGAGGAUGACUGUUACUAUAUCAACAAAAGAAAGAAGCUGGUGAAGCUUCCAUGCCUGAUGAAUGUAGUAAACAUUCUGGAGUCCUAUGUGAAACACUUCACCCUAAAUGCAGCUUUCUCAGCUAAUGAGCGCUAUCGGCACCCUCAGAGCUCCACGCAGACCAAUAUGAGCCUACACUAUAUGCCACCUGAGAGGAAUGAGGAGCUCUGUAAAGAAAUGGUGGAUGGUUUGAGGAUCACAUUCGACUUUACCCUUCCAUUGAUCCUACUGUACCCAAACGAACAAGCUCAGUUCAAAAAAAUCAGCUCCUCCAAGUUCUUCCAGCCAAUUACUGACAGCGCAGCCUGCACUAGUAGGAAUCUUCGAGAACGUUCCCCCAGCCCUGGACAGAAUCCUUCCACCCCCCAGUCCACAGACAGCCAAGCAGCUCUGAGCGAAACAUCCUGUGUCCCUGUCAUUAUGGCAACACCGCCUAAGCGCAGACGCUGUGGCUACCUGGAUUCCGAUGCCACACAAUCCUUGCGUCGUUCAACGCGCAAUACAUCCGGAGGGGAUCGGGCAGCAGAAGCUGGGGGUGGAGGCAGCAGCAAUGCCUCUCCGCAACCAAAGCGAAGGCUUACUGAGGUGCAAACUCCACUACCCAAGUUCUUCCUCAACCUAGAGAAGAAAAUCGAGACUCAUCAGACCAGGCAACAUUUUUCCAGGCUUCAACUGUCCAAUUUUGGGACUCCUGUUCACAGUGGCUCCUCCUCUCCUUUACCAUUGACACCGAGCAAGGAUUACACUGGAGGGCUUUUCUCAGGGCUGGAAACCCAGAGGAACUACGAACUAAAUGAAGUUCUGAGCUGGAGACUGACACCGGAUAACUACCCCCAGAGCGACCAGCUUCCACCUCCCUCUUACCUCUAUGGCUCUCAGCACCUGCUUCGGCUAUUUGUGAAACUUCCAGAAAUCCUGAGGAAGAUGCAUAUACCAGAAAAGAACCUGAGGGCACUAGUGAAACACUUUGAGCUUUUCCUCAGGUUUUUGGCAGAGUUUCAUGAGGACUUCUUUCCAGAGUCUGCAUAUGUGUCUGCAACUGAAGCCCAUUACAGCAUGAAGCAACCACGCUCAGUCUUCUAAAAAUCCCUUGGGGAGAGAGUUUCUUCUGUACUGUGCUCCCCUGAACUUCUGGUACUCCCUAAUACUGAAUGUUGAGCUUUUUUUCUUUCUACUUGUAAAUCCUAACAAUUUCCCUGGAGUGUUUCCUCUGAUCCAUUUUUACAUGUUCAGUUGAUUUAUGGCAAAGCUUUCUUGACAAUCUUUUUUUUUAUUUUUUUUUAUAAAGCAUUUUGAAUUCAGUCUCACAAAAAUGAUGAAACAUUUUCUUGUUUCAUAGAUUUUAAUGCUAUAUGAAGCCACCAGUACCUCUUGUGCUCUUGAUUUUUUUCCAUCUAAAACUGAACAAUUGACUAUUUUGCUUUUGUCUUCCUUAUUUUGCUGCAGUUGUCUUCUAUCUUGUGCUUUACCUCUCCUCCCUCUGAAUGUGCUUAAACCGGCAACUAAACAAAAGCAGCAUAAGAUGUUUAUUACAUUUCUCCAUUUUUGCCACACAGAAUUGUUGUAGUAACUUUGUUAUAAAUUAUAUAUAAUUCUUUGAAUUAUGAAUUUGAAUGACAACAAUGCAAUUAUCAGUGAUCACACUCAAAAUGAUAUGAUAUUUUCUUUAUGUAAAUUAAUCUGUAUAAAGUUCUUCUUAUUAAAAAGUUUUCAUCUC